AUGGAUCCUCAGGAAGGACCCUCUUCCGGAAAAAGGAAGCGUAGUGAAGGAAAGCGAACGCUACAGCAAAUUGCUUCGGAGUUCAUUUUCAUGGAUGGUGCCGCCGCACAUUGCCGGAUUGAACCUGCGUCCAAAUGCCACUACGUUCAGGCUACGCGCGACAUUGGGAACUACAUCCGUCACUUCCGGUUGAAGCACCCCGAAGCCGCAAAUAACGCAGGAUUAUUUAAAGAGGGGGAAGCUCCCGAAAGAAAACCUCGUGUAAUCCCAAAAUCACCGAUUGCCAUAGAUGGUCGCUUGGUACUCGAAGCCGUUCUGAAGCUGGUGGCGUAUCAUAACCUCCCAUUGGCUUGCGUUGAAUGGGAAGGGUUCAAACUAUUACUCGAUCCCCUUGCAGCUGCCCUCGCCAUCUCCCUAAGUCGCAACGGCUUAAAGACACACCUUAAGUCGACAUCAGAUCGUAUCCGCGAAGCCAUAGCGAACGAAAUGCGGUAUAAACUAAUAUCGGUCAAAAUAGAUUCCGCGUCAAGAUUGAACCGUCAUGUUCUCGGCAUAAACGUUCAAUACGCUUUGAACGGAAAAGUGGUUAUUCGUACCAUCGGAAUGAUCGAGAUAAAGGAACGCCAGACAGCAGGGUUUCUCAAGGCAAAGAUAUUGGAAGUUCUGGGAUCAUACGACGUAUCCAUUGAACAAUUUUUUUCAAUAACUGUGGACAACGGGGUGACAAACGAUAACUGGAUCUUCAUUGAACAUUAUGUACAAGCCUUCAAGCCAUUGUACGUAUGCACGAAAAAGCUUCAGGAAAAACACGUUUCUUUACCCGAUUUCUACCUGUACUGGCUUAAGGCUAUAAGCGAAUUGAGUAAUUUCCCAUCGAAUCCCUUUGCGCCACAACUGAUCAAGUCCCUAACACGACGCCUGGAGGCACUUAAAACAUCUCGUGCAUUUCAAAUGGCUCUGUAUCUCGACCCACGGUUCAACUUUCUGAAUUCUAAAUUCUUCAAAGUCGAAGAAAAACUUGCGAUACAGGGAUACAUCAUUGAUACCUAUGAGCGGAUUCAAAAGUUGAAGCCCAUGAAUGGAACUGACGAUGCCGAGCAAAGCGGAACCUCUCAGCACAGUCAGUUUGACGAUUUCCUCACUGAAAUGCUUGGAGGUUCGUUGGACGACUCCACCACCAGCGACACAACCACGUUCAUUCAGCAAGUAAAAGCUCUUGAUGGGGAACCUCGCCAGGGAUUCAGCCACAAUGUUUGGGAGUACUGGAUGCGACGUCAGAAGACCCAUCCUGAGUUGUUUGCAGUGGCAAUGGUCGUUUUGGCUGCUCCUUCCAAUCAGGUCUCCGUGGAGCGUGCAUUUUCUGGCCUGGCGUUGGUACUCUCACCUCAUCGAGCGGGCCUUGGAUCGGAGGUAUUAGAAGAUAUUCUGCUGAUCAAAUUGAAUCGCGACAUAUUCGAGCAAAUUAUGCCAUCGUAUGAGUGGAAGGAAUUUACCAGCGCGUCGUAGCGGUGCCUGUCCACAUCGGCGGAACAGAUUGUCGAAGAUGUUUAGAAACUGCCUUUGAAAGAACAUAACAUCAUUACAAGUCCGUCAUGCGUUGUUGUAUGAUAAAUACUCACCGUUAACUCAGAAGAUGUAAUCCAUUUGAUAACCGUUAAGAAUAAAGCUCUUCACCGCCUGUGUUUUUGUUUAUUAUGUAAUUAUGUGUACUGUCCUUCGGAGUGUCAUUGGACCAAGGCGAGGUGACGUUGGGCUACUCUUCCACACAUUUAGAAUACGUCGGAAAUGCAUAUUGUGUGCUAAACUACUAGAGUACAUAAUUCUAAGAUAAUUUGCACCCAUCGU